AUGGUGAAUUUACCACUCUUACUUUUUCCGAAAUGGGUGCAAAAAGUAAUUGCUCAGUCAAAUGAAGUCACUCUUGUACUUAAAAGUCCACAAGAUCUCCAUCCAGUCCUUGAAAUUCUCAAGAAUCAUUCAGCAACCCAAUUUAAAAUGUUGAUUGAUAUUACAGCCGUAGAUUACCCCUCAAGAGAGGCACGUUUUGAAGUUGUUUAUCAUUUAUUGAGUGUCCAACGAAAUACCAGACUUCGACUCAAAGUGCAAUGUUCUGAACAUGCGAUCGUGGAAUCAGUGACGUCUCUUUAUCCCGCUGCAAAUUGGUUUGAACGAGAAACCUGGGAUAUGUUUGGUAUUUGUUUUACAAAUCAUCCAGACCUUAGACGCAUUUUAACAGAUUAUGGGUUUGAAGGACAUCCUUUAAGAAAAGAUUUUCCUUUAACUGGAUACGUCGAAUUUAAAUACGACGACACAAAAAAAAGAGUUGUUGCUGAGCCAGUCGAACUUGCCCAACAAUUUAGACAAUUUGAAUUUAGAAGCCCUUGGGAAGUCAUUCCACAACAAUAUUAA